AGGAACCAGCCUCCCUCGCUUGCACCACUAUGAUUUGCUCUCUCCAAAGCAGACACAGCAGAUACACCAGAGAUGAGGUGGCACAGCCAGCCAUUCUACAUGCAUGCAAUUUAUCUCACGCCUGACCGACUAGAUAUAGUGCAGCCAAAACAGAUGUAACACGUUUCUUUUCUAAUGCGUGCGACAGGGAACACAAGCAAAGCGGGCACCCUGCUCCCUCUGUGCAGCCCCAGGACUGGGCUAGUGCUGCAGAAUUCACCUUCCCAGCCCAGGAAUGAAACUAGUCAAGGGUGCACAGCUAUCAAAUGGGCCACCUACAGAUGUCAGACAAACUACACCAAACAGAGCGAGCGUAGGAAAGCGGCAGUGGUUCCUGGAGAUGAGAAUAAGCCAACCAUGACGAUAAAGGCGAGCGGGCAACAGACAGGCGCAGCAGCUCAAGACCUCAACCCGCUGUGUACAAAAAGCAAAGCUGGAGCCUGAAAUAAGAUCCAGGCUCCAACAAAAUGGACUAUUUCCAAGUAUUUGAAAAGCUUCAAACAGCUGUGGGGAGGAAGAAAAUUCUCACAGCCUGUGACAAGGCAGAGCGAGACAGACGCAAAAACAAGGUCUCCUCUAAAACAGAAAAGGCAUUGAGUCUUCAGCAACGCCCGGAGGGCACGGGUGGUGCUGGCUAGGCACACUCAGCAGGCUCCCGCUGCUAAACGAUGUUUGAGGAAAAUCCUCCUUCAAGAUAUUUGACAAGACUUGCCCACCCAGAAGACUCCCAAGAAACCAACACAGCUGUAAGUCAUGUUUUGCAGGAUCAGGAAAACACCGGACAUGUCCCAGUGGACAACAGCGACAGCUUUGCUUCCUCCGGCGACUUGCCAGCAAACCCAACCUCCCCGCAGCACCACCUGGCAAAUCUGAAGAUGCUGAUGACCAGACAGAAGGCCGAGUACGAAUCUAAAAUUGCAAGCCUGGAGCAGCGGAACAGAGAGCUGCAGUCAGAGAUUAAGGGUAUGCAUUCAAAACUGGGACAGCAGCGUAAGCGGUACAAUCUCGUGGAGAUGAAAAUGCGAAAUGCAGAGAGAGCGAAGGAAGAUGCAGAGAGAAGAAAUGAAAUGCUCCAAAAAGAAAUGGAAGAGUUUUUUGAAACCUUCGGGGAAAUUAACAGAUGGAAAUAAACAGCUUGUUCAGUUUCAAAUUGAGCUAAACUGUAGGAGAGAGAAAGGCCACAUCCUGAUUUCAGCACAUACUCCCAUUUCAGAGGUGAAAUACGAAACCCAACAGUAAAAACUAGGCUGUCAAUUACAAAAGUGAGCGGUUGCUACAAACACUUUGGGAUCCCUGAACUCCAGGAGCUCUGCACCACCCUGCUAUGCCAGGGAUGCUUUCUCUUACCAC